AUGAAUAUCCCAAGUGAGUCAGAUGUGUGGAUGAGAGAAGAAAAGAAAAAGAAAAAAAUUGUUCCAAUUAAUUUGUUUUCUUCUUUUAUUAUUUUCAUUAUUAUUUUUAUUUUUAUUGCAUACAUACACACACACACACGCACACACAAUAUACACACAAACAAAGCUACGGAAAAGGAAACAUUUGGGAAUUCAAAAGCGACAGGAGACGACUGGGGCAAACAAAAUAAAAGAAGUCAACAACACGGAAACGGAAUCGCGGCUGGGAUGCUAACAGAGCUGCAUGGAUGCUCCAGUUUGUUCGUGACAACGACUGAUCGAUGCUCAAUCAUGGCGAAAAUGAAUGAAGAGGCGGAGUGUUUCUGCGUCAGCGUUGUAAUGCCGAGUGGUGUGUGUUACCAAGACGAGUUUGACGAAGAAGGUCUUUGCAAUGUGAAGGAGACUCUUGGGGAACACGUCAGCUGGGCGCGCUUCUUCAGUGUGGUCCGUGAGGCCUUCAACAAUGGCCAGGUCACGGUACAGAAGGCAACGGAUGCUUCUGUGGAAGUGAUGUGCCAUGCCGACGCCAGCGGGGAGGGUGCUGGAGUUUGUGGGGCGGAGUUUAAUGUGAGUAAAGUGGAUGUGUCUGUUCUGCCAACUAUCGAGAAGGGACUUGUCGAUCUUUAUCAAUUUCAGGCCCAUCCAAAUACUCAGGAACAGAAACUGAAAAAGUUGACCGAGGAGGUUGCUCAGCUGAAAAUAAAGACGGAUCAGUUGGAAAAGGAGGCUUGUUUCCUGAAGGAAAUUGCCCAUAGGCGAAGAAAAUUGGACAUAUACAACAUCCAGCGAAUCAAGCAGCUACGGGAAGAGGUGACCAAUUACGAAGGAAUUUAUGAGUGCGCUCAUAGAGCAACAAAGGGUGAAGCAACCACAAACAUGAGCCACAGGAGCAGCACGCAAGCACGACACAAGGGCCGUAUUCGACAACCGCUUGGAGAGAAGGAGUGCGCGGCGUAUGAUCCCGAACUUCUUUGCCUCAUCAAAAGUCGCUGGAUGACCCUGUCUGGUAUAGACGCGGGUCCAUCAUGUAAUCGUGUUAUUGUGCCUUCUCCGUCACCAGGCGUUUCGAACCAAACCCCUGUUUUUGGUAAUAAACAACAAGAAGUUGUAUGGGAAGCUAUGAAUAAAUUGGAUGCGUGGGAUUAUAACGUCUUUGAGGUUCAACAGACCAUGUCUGGAGAUGAUUUUGCGUCUUUGCAUCAUCAACCAAAUGGUGGUUCUCUUUUUAUAACCAUGUACGCACUGCUAAUCAAAUAUAGUUUUCUUUCCAAGUUUAACAUUGAUGAACAGAUUGCAUUGAACUGGAUCAGUUGUGUAGAGGCUGGGUAUAAUGGCAAUCCGUAUCACAACUCUAUGCAUGCAGCGGAUGUUCUUCACAUCACACACUACAUACUAAGCAAAGGGGGAAUGAUAGAGCGUUGUCAAUUAUCAGACCUGCAGGUGUUUGCAGCCCUUUUUGCGGCAGCUAUCCACGAUUACAAUCACCCUGGUGUCAAUAACAACUUUCAUAUCAAGACACAAACUUAUAGCGCAAUAGUUUACAAUGAUCGAAGUGUACUUGAAAAUGCGCAUGUUUCUAGUGUUUUUGAACUGAUGAAGAAUCCGCGAUUUAACAUUCUUGAGAGUUUUUCUGAGGACCAACAAAAAGAAAUCCGGGAAACUGUUAUUGAGAUGGUGUUGGCUACAGAUAUGAGUUUGCACGGGAAGCACAUUGCGCACUUUAAUGACCGCCUUGAGGAGCACGCUUCCUUUACGGAACGCGAAAAUCAAAAUCUGGCCUUAGUCAUGGCGUUGAAAAUGGCUGAUAUCUCCAACUGUGGCCGGCCACUUGAAAUUUACCUCAAAUGGAGCUCAAAGUUAUCGGAUGAGUUUUAUCUUCAGGGGGAUCGGGAAAGGAAUCUCGGCGUGCAGUGUAGUCCGUUCAUGGACCGCAUGGAGCCUGCUCUCGCCAAAGGCCAGAUUUUAUUCAUAAAUUAUAUUAUUAUUCCAUUUUUUGAGAAAAUGGCGGUAUUUUUGCCCAAAAUGCGUCUUGCGGUGGAGUGUGCUGAGAGUUGCAAGGCAUAUUGGCUAAAAUCUGGACAGGGAUGA